GUGCUGGUCUCCAGAUGGAAGGACAAUGUGGAUAUGAAAUGGGCUACAGCUGUCCUGCAGUUGCCCUGUGAUGACACAGCCCUGCCAGGGACUACCAAGAAGAAGAAUAUUCAGAGAAGGAGGAGGCUCUACAAGCUGCUGGAGAAGAAACUCAUGGAGGAGUAUAAACUAAACAGCCCUCACAUUUGGCUCAGGAAGCCCUGAACAAUAUUACUGAAGGCUGUAAAAAUAUCUGCAUGCAUAUAUAUAUGCAAAUGCAUUCCAGGGUGCUGUCAGAGAUGCAUUUCUGUAAGAAGAUCUUCACUGCAGCCUUGUGUGUCUUAAUUUUGCUGCCAGAUUCGGGCUGUGCAAGGAAUCUGUGGAAGCGUGCUCUACAUCUGAAAAUGACAGAGAAAUACGAUGAUUAUGAGUACCCUCUUCAUUCUCACAGUUCCCACUACCAGAAGAAUGACCGCUGCCCCCCACCGCCCCAGACUUUGCCUGACCGAGCCUGCGAGGUGCCCAGCUGCCGGUCAGAUUCAGAAUGUGAAAGACACAAGCGUUGCUGCUACAAUGGGUGCAUCUAUGCCUGCCUGGAGUCCGUACAACCACCACCAGUUUUAGAUUGGUUGGUUCAGCCAAAACCCCGCUGGCUGGGAGGAAAUGGGUGGCUUUUGGAUGGCCCAGAGGAGGUCUUACAAGCUGAGGCCUGCAGUACCACUGAGGAUGGAGAUGAGCCUCUGCACUGCCCCACAGGCUAUGAAUGUCAUAUCAUCAACCCAGGUAACACGGCUGAAGGAAUCCCUAACAGGGGCCAAUGCAUCAAGCUCCGUGGAAAUCCAGAUGGACGCAAUCUGAGACAUAAGUAUUACAAGGAAUAUUUUGGGAGCAAUUCCAACAACGUGGUCGGCUAUGUGAAAAACCAGCAGAAGCAUUUAGGAUAAUCAAAGGUGAGCCUGGCUGGACCACUCUGUUUAGCAGCUGUCAAGGAAUGCAUUACCCAACAGUUUUCUCUUUUGGAAGAACUCUGGUCCCAAGUCUCCACAAGAACAUCUCCAGCAUUACCCUGACCCCUGCUCAUCAGUGGUAAAAAGACUUUGCUAUUCAAGGGACGAGACAAAUCUAGAUUUUAAGCCUAGCAGUACAAGGAGAAAAGUCAUCCCCUGAAAGAAACCGCACCAUUUAUGAGCUGCUUUUCUACCAAUGAAAGGCAAAUACCUCCAAGCAAUGCACACUAACCACAAUGCCAUUAUCAGACUGCUGGAACAGAGCCUGCCCUUUAUGUGCGUGGUAUGUGACCGAUUCAGAUUUCAUGACCAUGAACGUAAUUCAGUGUUAUAAAAAUGAGUGAUGUCAGAAUUUUGCCUUAAAAUAGUCAAGACUGUAAGACUAAAGGCGUUCUCUGGAUGAAAUCCAAUGCCUGCCUAUGUCAAACAAUUACUUUAAAUAAGAUUUUUCAUAACCUUAAAGUUAAAUGAAACCCUUAGGUUUCUUCUUUUCCUGUUUAUUAUUCAUAGGGCUCACCAGGUGGACACCCCAUCUACAAGUCUAAAUCUGAAAUCUUAAGAAUUUGAGGAACCACUUUUUUAUUUUUAUUUUUUUUUUUGCCAGAAGCAAAACAGGUUUUAUAAAAGUUAUUUUUAGGUUACUUUCCUUUAGCUUCUCAGUUUGGUGAGACGCAGAUCAAGAGCUAGUGAUGGAAAAGACUUCUUUCUACAAUAUCUAAUCGGGCAUACAUGCAUACCAGGCUUUUUAAGUUUGGGGUUUUUUUAGCCAGCACAGUUAACACACACAAAACGUACAUCUGCAUUUUCGUCCCUGCAAGACCUCAGAAAGACAGCUGAAGUCUAGAUUAUUUGUUUCACGUAUUAGAAAAGCAAAAGUGGGAUAAAUUUGUGUGAUUAAAAGUAUUGUCUGGCAGAUAGGCAACCGCUCUUUAGAAGUCCUGUACCUUUAUGUUGACUUCCAUAAGUCCUUAAGGUCAGGUUUGUAUUUGAGUCUUACAGCUUCUCUCAGCUGUUUAGCAUUGUAAAAUAUAAAACACAGUUUCUAUGAAUGUUUUCCCUUUCUGUGCUGUCCUAAAGGGACAAUUGCAUUUUGAAAAAUCUGCCAGAACUGCUAGGCAAAAGAAUCCACGUUUGCUCCCUUGUUUAGCACGUGUCCCCAUCUGCAUGUGUAAAAUUAGCAGUUCAAUAUGCAAAGCAGUAGCAGCGUAUAUAAAUACCCAAUCCACAAAUACGAGUGCCUGCUUCCACUCACAAACUAUUGGAAUUUUUUUUUCCGUGCACCAAAUGGUUUAAUCUGAAGCUAAAAUGCUUAUAAAACACUCGAUACUUUGCAUAUGACAUUUGCAGCUGGAGAGUUGAAAGACGCCAAACUGCUUUUCUGUUUCCUGUCAUGAUAGGCACAGUCCUCGAUGCUUUACAGAGUAAAGGAAGAGGUGAAGGGCUCCAUAUUUUCCUAAAUAUCUUAAUUUGUCGCACUCCAUUCACUUCUUUGUGUCUUUGUUCCAAGUUCUAGGUAUUAAAUGCAACACCAUAAUUGCACAGAUCUGUUUCUAGAAUUUUAUCCCAUACAAGUUCAUACAACAAUACCUUAACUCCUGCUGAGAGACAGGAGUCCAUCCAUAUUUUGUAGGUCCAGACUCAGAGAUCACCUGACAACUUAAAGUUAGGCAGCUCAUAACGCAAGUCUUGAUGCAGCCUUGCUCCUAGGUGCUGCUCAGUGAAAUGGAAUAAUUUUUUUCAGCAUUACUUUUGCAGAAAAACCAAAUUCUGAUUAAAUGAGCAAAGCCCUUUGGUGAUGACUACUAAGCCCCAAAAAGUAAAUUCCUAAUUGUUCUAGUUUAAAUAAAACAUUCAGUGCCUAAAAUCUGAGGACCUAGAUGAAAAAAUGAUCCUGAACAUUAACAAAUUUGCAAGAUUAAACCUUCAGAUCUCAACCUAACUUUGCAAAUCAUCCAAAAAUGCUCUUUAUUUGAAUGGACUUGUUCACUUCAGUGGCUGCUUUUUUGUAGCUGCAAAAGCACAUACCUGACUGCCUCACUGGAUGGGAUGGCAAACAUAUUUUCUACUUGCAAAAGGAAUUUUUAAAAGAGGAAAUUGACAAAUUAAUAAUUUGCUGAUGAAUUACUGUUUACUGGGUGUUAUCAAAACAUCACCCUUCCUCCUGGUGCUAUAAUGCUUGGGUUUUUUUCAAGUUAUUAAUCGUCAAACUCAGAAUCAAAAGCCACAGAAGGGACUUGUCUAAAUGCUGUGUUUUUAAUGCUGACAUCCAUCAUAAGUGAAACAAAAGCACAGACCAAAUAAGUUGUCCUCAGUUUGUCUUCUCUCCAAAGACAGAUGCCUUAACAACAAUCUUGUGAAGCACAGUAGGAAAUCACUGAUGUAAGUUGUUUUUAAUGUUCCAUGUAUACUUUAAAGCCUUUUUGGUGCUAUAAUAAACUUUAUGUGUAUCACUGUGUGCUACCCAUGCUCAUGGCCUUCCAGAUCCUCAAGCACUGCUGUGCCCGUGGAGCUGCUCUGCCUCGCGGCCGCUGAGGAUCUGUGGCAGCCUGAGGCAGACCCUUCCCGUUUUGUGCUCCUGGUGCUUGGAUGUGUACAGGUUCUGCCACUUUGGUGCUCAAUAAAAAGUGACCAGUAUAUUUUUCAACUCUGCCUCGUUUCAGUUUU